AGGACCACCAUCCUACCCCCUUAGUAUGCCACUUGCCCUGUGGCAAGAAACUUGAAAGGCAGUUCUCUAUUUUGGUUGUGCAACCCACUUAAGGUGAGCUAAAAUAGAUUAGGUUAGAGUUCAAAGAUUACAGACAAAUGAAGGAGGUAAAUGAUUAAAAGUAUAUGUUAUUUAUACUGAUUGAUCACUUAGUGUUGUUUAAAGACACAUUAUUGCAAAAAUGUUUGCGGUUAAUCUUUUUUAUAUGCUCUGACAAACCAAGAGGCAAAGAUCCGGGUAAAAAGAGACCUUAAGAUACAAAACAGGGACAGAGGGAUUAGGGCACAAAACCGGUCUUUCCUAAAUAGAUCCGAGAUCCAAGAGAUACAUGUGUAGCUUGCUUUCAUGUGCGUUGUCUUGUGCUUGUGAAAUAAUUUACUUUGAUUCCAAGGUGCAAGCUUAUAGGUGCCAUAUUAGAUAUCCUAUAUUAAAAUUGGCUAUCUUGGACUCAGGAAAUGCUUAAUGCUUAAAACGACACUUAAGACCAUAUAUGUCUAUGAGCAGAUAGCCCCCACCUGAGCUGUCUCUCCUUAAUCAGUCUGUUCUUUCUCUGAACUUAUCUGUUAUAUGUACAUGACAUUCAUCCCUAUGUCUUAUCUGUACUCCUUUCACUCCCUUCCUACUACUGUCCUAUGAGUAUUUGCAUGUAAGCACUUACUUUUUGAUGUAUAAAAACACAACUGUAAAAAUAAACAACAAAGGCUUAUUUUGAUUACCAACACGUGUCUGAAUUCACGCUCCUCCAAGUGCACUUGAAAUAAAAAUGUGGGCUCCCUUGAAAAUGACACAGAUCACAUUGGAUCUAUAUCAUGUAGUGAUGUCCCGAACGGUUUGCCAAACGGUUCACCGCAGACUCAUCAUUGAGUAAACUUUGACCCUGUACCUCACAUUUAGCAGACACAUUCCAGCCAAUCAGCAGCAGACCCUCCCACCCCCUGGACAGCUCACUAAGAAUGCAGCUUCACAAUGGAUGCUGUCCAGGAGGUGGGAGGGUCUGGGAGGGAGGGUCUGCUGCUGAUUGGCUGGAAUGUGUCUGCUGACUGUGAGGUACAGGGUCAAAGUUUACUCAAUGAUGAGUCCGUGGCGAACCGUUCGGGACAUCCCUAAUAUCAUGCUUUACUUAUGUGAUUUGCUUGGCAUUUAAAGUUAAUUUGAAAUAUUAGGCCAAAUAGCCCAAUUGUAAAAUUUCCCCAAGUCAGCUAUGUUUUCAGACUAGCUAUUUGGUCCUAUACCUUUCUUCUAGGUCAUACGAGUCAAACAAAUGGAGAAACAAAGUACACAACUGGCAGUGUCAGGUAUUCAGAGGCUAAAGAGAGACUGGGAGAUGGGGAAUAGAUUUAAGGCAAGGCAGAGGGGGAAGGAAAAAUACAACUACACAGGAGAUGAUGUGUCCAAGAUACAGAGACAAAAAAGACAGAGAUCAAAGAGGUGGGGACACGUGACCUCAAUGCAAAUUACACUCUAAUCUAAAAAUCUGAGCGUCGGCCGCACACACAAUCUUUGAAGAGAGGUGACGUUAUACUUUUUUUUUUUUUUUAACCCACCUGAUCAGACAGUUUUAAAACAUUGGAAACAACCUUCUAUUAUUUAUAGGAUAUAAGAUAACAGUGCCUUCAUUUAUUUGUAUAGUAACCGUCAAUAGGAGACCUUGCCUCAAACAAACAUGGGGCAUUGUGAUGCUCAUGACAAGUUAUUAUUGUCUGCUUGUGGGAUUAGACUGAAUAUAAAUUUGCUGUUGCACAUUUUUUUUUUUCUUCUUACCGUUAACCUUCAUAUCAUCAGGAGGUCACAGUUCCUAAAGGAUUUGGAGAAACAUGGGUUUAUGCCAGGACAUCAUCCCUUUUUGGCAGAGGACACCAGUUGUCCUACGGCCUUUCAUGAGAAUUCCUGUCCAAAUAGAACCCUGGGUGUGUAUCAAAUCAAAAUCUAAAUCUGUACUUUUUGGCUCCAUGAACAUGAAAGGGCUGUAGUUCCCAUCUCUUUUUGGACCAGUGGGCACUUCAAUGACAGAAGAUUCUUCAAGGCAAUCCAGUUUUAUUUUCUUAACCUUCAGCAGCAAUGUAUGAAUGUCCCAUUUGGUUGAAACCUUAGCCGAGCGGUGUGACGAAAGUAACCUCGUCACUGAAUUUUGAAGGGGCCUGCUGGCCAGCCUCUUGCCUCAGGACUAUGAGCCCUGCAAUAUACCUUGUCCAAUGCACUUUAAAAGGCGUUGUUCAUGUGAAGUAUGUACUUUUGUACUCCAGACAGAGAGACCGACCGUUGGUACUAAUUCUCUGGAACUGUUUUGGGCAUGGGACCAUGUGCACAGUGAGUCAAAAAUAAGACUUCAAUUUUUGGAUAUGUUGGUCACCCAGAUCAGGGCUAUCAGGGGAUGUAACAUUUGUGAGGUUUUAUGUAAUUUUUAGGGUACUUUUGGGGUGUUUUAAAAAAGUGUGUUUUUCUGUGCUUGGAGAUAAUUGGAUUAGAAUUAGUACAGUUACUGAUCCAAUUAUCUCCCAAACAGAGGGGAGGGAUUGUGUGCUAUGUGUGGGAGUGUCAUGCAUUUUAACUCUGUUAUUGGUUUACAAGUUUGUGUCACAGUCCCCAACAAGGUCCACGUGGGUGUCACCUUUGCAUGGGUACUUGUAUAAAAGGUCAGCUGUGGCUUCCAUUAAACAGAAUGCUUUACCCCUUCAUGAAGCCUUGGCUCAUGUUUGGGGGAUUAGAGAACUACAUUCACUCUGGGGAUUGCUUUAAUCACAUUGCACCUGAGUAUCGGGGUGCAAGUCGGUCCGUCACAAGCGGUAUGUGUACUUCUAGCCUAAAUUGACCUACUCUCAGCGAAAUCAGCAUUGUUUGCAAGAAGGGAAUCCCAAUUUUAAAGGAGAUACAUAUUAAAUAAACAGAAAUAGAAGGACAAAAAAGACAGAGAUCAAAGAGGUGGGGACACGUGACCUCAAUGCAAAUUACACUCUAAUCUAAAAAUCUGAGCGUCGGCCGCACACACAAUCUUUGAAGAGAGGUGACGUUAUACUUUUUUUUUUUUUUUUUAACCCACCUGAUCAGACAGUUUUAAAACAUUGGAAACAACCUUCUAUUAUUUAUAGGAUAUAAGAUAACAGAGCCUUCAUUUAUUUGUAUAGUAACCGUCAAUAGGAGACCUUGCCUCAAACAAACAUGGGGCAUUGUGAUGCUCAUGACAAGUUAUUAUUGUCUGCUUGUGGGAUUAGACUGAAUAUAAAUUUGCUGUUGCACAUUUUUUUUUUUCUUCUUACCGUUAACCUUCAUAUCAUCAGGAGGUCACAGUUCCUAAAGGAUUUGGAGAAACAUGGGUUUAUGCCAGGACAUCAUCCCUUUUUGGCAGAGGACACCAGUUGUCCUACGGCCUUUCAUGAGAAUUCCUGUCCAAAUAGAACCCUGGGUGUGUAUCAAAUCAAAAUCUAAAUCUGUACUUUUUGGCUCCAUGAACAUGAAAGGGCUGUAGUUCCCAUCUCUUUUUGGACCAGUGGGCACUUCAAUGACAGAAGAUUCUUCAAGGCAAUCCAGUUUUAUUUUCUUAACCUUCAGCAGCAAUGUAUGAAUGUCCCAUUUGGUUGAAACCUUAGCCGAGCGGUGUGACGAAAGUAACCUCGUCACUGAAUUUUGAAGGGGCCUGCUGGCCAGCCUCUUGCCUCAGGACUAUGAGCCCUGCAAUAUACCUUGUCCAAUGCACUUUAAAAGGCGUUGUUCAUGUGAAGUAUGUACUUUUGUACUCCAGACAGAGAGACCGACCGUUGGUACUAAUUCUCUGGAACUGUUUUGGGCAUGGGACCAUGUGCACAGUGAGUCAAAAAUAAGACUUCAAUUUUUGGAUAUGUUGGUCACCCAGAUCAGGGCUAUCAGGGGAUGUAACAUUUGUGAGGUUUUAUGUAAUUUUUAGGGUACUUUUGGGGUGUUUUAAAAAAGUGUGUUUUUCUGUGCUUGGAGAUAAUUGGAUUAGAAUUAGUACAGUUACUGAUCCAAUUAUCUCCCAAACAGAGGGGAGGGAUUGUGUGCUAUGUGUGGGAGUGUCAUGCAUUUUAACUCUGUUAUUGGUUUACAAGUUUGUGUCACAGUCCCCAACAAGGUCCACGUGGGUGUCACCUUUGCAUGGGUACUUGUAUAAAAGGUCAGCUGUGGCUUCCAUUAAACAGAAUGCUUUACCCCUUCAUGAAGCCUUGGCUCAUGUUUGGGGGAUUAGAGAACUACAUUCACUCUGGGGAUUGCUUUAAUCACAUUGCACCUGAGUAUCGGGGUGCAAGUCGGUCCGUCACAAGCGGUAUGUGUACUUCUAGCCUAAAUUGACCUACUCUCAGCGAAAUCAGCAUUGUUUGCAAGAAGGGAAUCCCAAUUUUAAAGGAGAUACAUAUUAAAUAAACAGAAAUAGAAGGAUUGUAUCCGGUUUAUGACUGUAUUCCUCUGGAAUAGGGAGGAGGUGGUAUAAAUGAGGUAAUGGUGAGAUGAGUUGUUCUUUUGAUAGAAUACAAAAUCAGUAUGGUAGCUAGGAAGCAAAAACUUAGGUUUGGAAAGUGAAAAGGACAUUCUGAGCACCAUAACCAUUUCAUGCAGACUACCAGCAGCACCAAAUCUGAAGCUUCCUGAUUGAAGCCUCACAAUCAAAGAGAAGUGGAGGCGCAGGGCUGAUGGGUGCUUGACUGAAGACUGUCGAGUUAAACUAUUUGCUAAUGAUUUAACACCUGAAGGUAAGCCAGUGCCCUCAACCUCCUUGCUCCAUAACAGCUUUAUUCAAUUAAGUUGUUAUGGUGCCUGGAAGGUUCCUUUAAGUGAAAGUUUCGUAAGAUGAGUGUUGUGAAUAUAUUUUUAGAUCCCUGGAAAAAUGUGACUUUAUGAAUGUGACUGAGAUUAAGCAAGGUGCUUCGAAACUUGGACUUUGCUUAGAGGAAGUUAUGAAUGUGAGUGUUUUUUUGAAGGUUCAAGCAGGAAGUUGACUAAGGGGAAAAAAAAAAAUCAACCACUUAACUUCCAGAGGAGAAAUAUUAGGAAAGAGAGUGUUCUUUUUACAAGCGUUAUUUAAGGCCAGAACAGGUUAAUAAAUUCACACUAUAAGGACAAAUGUGUGCGUUCCAUUUUAAUUGGUUAAACACAAUCAAGAUUCUAGCACAGUUAAAGAAGACAUUUAACUAAAAAACUAACAUAGUGACACAAGAUAAUACACAAUUACAAAUUAACUGAAUAAGACUAGCCUUUUUAUUUGCAGUGAAAGAAGACGUACAUUGAACGGAGUAUGCAAGGUUGUGUACACAGUGCAUCAUUCAGAAAGAAUGUUUUUUUUAACAUGUACAAUAAUCAUAUAUCAAAGGAACAAUAAUGAAAAGUGUUACAAGGUAGUCUGUUCAGAGUUAUUCGCCAAGAGGAAUUCAAAGUGGAUUUAAAAUUUAAGCUGAAAAUACCCAAACUGGGAAAAUGUGCUCCGUAAGCAAAUAAACUCAAUCACUCAAUACACAUCUAAUACAAUGAGGGAGUUGCUAAAUAUCCAUGCUUUCAGUGACAUAUUUUUGUCAUUCAUUCCCCGACUAGCAUCUUGUACAGCCAAAUCAGCAUUAAAAAGAUUUCGGUUAUUUUGUAGUAAUUCAAGGAUAUAUGUUUGAUGUCAGAUUAUCUAAAUCCUCGUCUGCUAAAUUGGAAACCUUCACUGGAAUGAAAUCUUACUUGCUUCGGGCUGCACUGCCAUUUUGGUCCAAUGUCUUGGGUUCCCGAACUGGGAAAAGGCUGUUUUCUUAGUUUUGUGUGCCAUUUUUGGCAGGAAAGUAAGAAAAUCUAUAAGACCGAGCUUGUGGAGCAUGCUUGCGUCACUAGUUCCUUACAAGAGGUAAAUGUAUAACUCUUAACUGACUCGCAGUUCUCCCUUUGUCCUCUUGUCCUCUACAGGGAAAUUGAUUUUUGUUCAUCAGAUAAUGCUUAUCUCUUGUGACAGCAAUAUUUAAAUAAAAAAUAAACCAAUGGACAAGAUUUUUUUUCUUUUUUUUUUUAUAUAGUGUAUUUAUAGCUUUCCAUGUAUCCUUUGUUUCUGGCCACCGUGUUUUUAAUUGCUUCGUAAAAGAUGUUAAAGAAAUACCAUGCACCAUAACAACUGCAGCCCACUAUAGUGCCAGGAAUGCCCUAGUUACUGAGCACGGUAAAUUGUAAAAACAGUUUUUUAGAAUGAUUUGACAACUUUGGAUCCUAAAUGCUUGCAGCAUGAGUCCGAUGUAAAAGCAGAGUAAAGCCUGGCCGAUUCAGGACUCCGCUUAUUGGCUGAGAGUGCUCAGCUGAAUCUCUCCGCCAAAGAGCAUAGCCCUGUUUUAGCUCUGGAGGAGACCGGAAGCCAGUCACAGCCCCCCAUUGCUGCUCAGAGUAAUGCUUCCUCAUUGGCCCAAAUUCAUAAGACAAAAAAUCAAGGAAGCGCAGCUAGAAGCUAAAUGUGUGCACACCGUUUUACGUAAAAUUUAUUGAAGGACCAAACAACUAAUGUUUCGUGUUUCCCCUUUAUCAGUGGACAUUUCAUUUAUCACUGAUAAAGGGGAAACCUGAAAUGUUUAUUUGGUCCUUCAAUAAAUUGAAUAUUAUUUAUUUAUAAAAUAUUUUACCAGGAAAGAUACAUUGAGAUUUCUCUUGUUUUCAAGUAUGUCGUGGGUCCACAAAUCAUUGCAUUGUUACAUUAGGGUACAACAAAAUACAAAAACAAUAUUAAUACACAAUAUAUACAAAAUUUAACAUAGAACAGGCAGGAAAUAUAUAAUCAACCAUGACACGUUCAUUCUGUUUUGAGGUAUGUAGAGAGGGAUCUCUUAAAUGACUUUAGACUUAGGGAAGAUUUUAAAUUGUGCGGGAGGUCGUUCCACAAUUGCGGCGCUCUAUAGGAGAAGGCGGAUCGGGCCGCUUUCUUUUUGUAUUGAGGUAGACUAAGUAAAGUGUGGGUACUGGAUCGGAGCUUAUAGAAAGUGGGAACAGCUGGGGAAAGCAUUUUGUUCAGGUAGGGUGGGAGUUUCCCAGAAAAGCUCUUAAAAACAAGGCUGGAAAGAUGAAGGGUGCAUCUGGAUUCCAGCGAUAGCCAGUUUAUUUAUUUAUUUAUUUAUUUAUUUAUUUAUUUAUUAUACCUUAUGCAUUCUGAUUUUAUUCUGCUUUGAAAACCUACUAGGUCAGCAGCACCUAUUCACCUUACUCAGUUUGUAUGUUUGUGUUUUUGGGUACUGCAGUAACCCCUCAUCCAGUGGCGUACCUACCACAAUCGCAGGGGUUGCAACUGCGACGGGGCCCCUCACUCCUGCAGCCACGACCCUUGCGACCAUGGGCAGCCUGGAUACCUUCUGGGCCGGUGCACAGGGUGUCUGGCAGGAGGGGAGAGCUGUGCUGCUCCCCUCCUGCCUAUGUGUAUCAUGGCCAAGCGGUCUGUCAGGAAGUGCUCACUAAGAGAGCACUUCUGUCAGACCGGGAUGCAGCCCCUAGUUUUCCUCCUGUCAUUGGGGGGCCCAAGAGGUGGCCUCCUGGCCACCUAAUGGACCCCCCGAUGGGCAGCUGUGUUCCCAGCAGAGGCGCGAGGGAACUGUGAUCUUCUUGCUCUGCUCCCUUGCACGUCGUUUGCUGAUGUCGGGAACCGAAAUAUGGCGUCAUAUUCUUGCUCCCAGCAUCAGACUGCCUGCGUGGCAUGAGGGAGCAAAGCAGGGAGAUCACAGCUCCCUCGCCAUCUCUGCUGGGAACACAGCCACCCGCCUCACUUAAGCACCACUGGACCACAGAGACAGAUCCACGCCAGCUCUCCAGGUAGGGUUGCGUGGACAAUUUUUUAAAUUUAAAAAAUGAGGUGUGUGUGUGUGCGACAUAUGGGGUGGGAGGUAGACGUAUGGAGGGCCACUGGUCAAUUUUUGCACUGAGCCCUGUGGUUUCUAGUUACGCCUCUGCCCUCAUCUAUCUAUAUGUGUUCUGCUUAGCCCAAGCAGCACAUAGGGGAUGGGUUGCUGGGAACUCUUGUUCAGUAUUAAAAAAUGGUUUAAUGCAGAAUGGAAAGAGGGUGACAGGGGACUCCAGACACUAUAACCACUUCAAUUAGAUUAAACAGUUAAAGUGUCCUUUUAAGACAGGAGGAUGGUUAACACAUUUUGAAGGGCUAGUCUAUGACAGGAAUAAAUAAAUAAAAAUUUUGUAUAAAAAAAAAAAAAGAAUUAACACUAACUCUGUCCCUUAUCUCCUUAACAUGCUGAAUUGUCAAUACAAUAAUAAAUAAAUUGCAAAUCAGCAGUCUUAAUCCAUUAGGUAUAACGGCUAUAAAGUCCAGAGUCUACACUUGUUGUCUGUAAAUUCCCUACCAAAAGUAUAAACCAUACGUGCACUAAUAUUUUAUAUAAAAGGAGCAUAGUGUAAUUUAUAAAACUGAAGUAAGAGAGCACUUUAAAGGGACACUCCACUGCUCAAAUACAAAAUAAAAAACACUGUUUAGUAGAUAUACCAUUGAAUGCAUUUAAUUUUUAUUUUAUUUUUUUUUUCAUUGGGGAUAUAUCUAAAAACAACUUGCAAAAACUGCAGAUCUUGUGUGCUGCCUUUGCAUGCCCUCCUUUUCUCACUCCGCCCAGGCUUUCUGUGACUGUCCUAUCACAGAAUUCCCAAUGCAGCUCAAUGAGAAGUCAGGUAGGUGCUCUGAGCAAUUGUUGCCUCUUGAGUUAAGUUCAACUAACUAAACUAGGAAGUAACAGGACCUAUUGUCUGCUUAAAAAGCUAGGGGGAUAUAAUCAGGUUCAUUUCGAAAUCUGCCCUUUUAAUUUAAAAAAAAAAAGUAGGACACAGACCUAACACACAAAGGUUUUCAGCAAGCUAAAGUGCUUUAAGAGUCUGGAGUGUCCCUUUAAUAAUUAAGUAACGGUUCGUUUAUGGUGAAUUAUGUUAGGACCAUCCAAUAUCUGGUAAUUUUUAUGUAGUGAUCGGCUUAACCCAGCAUGUCCAAGCAUUGCGACAAAAACCCUAUAUUUUCAUAGAGACGGAAAAUUCUAUUGAAGACCCUAAAUGUUUAAUCUAAACAACUGUUUUAUUCACUGGCGCCAUCAUCAUUUGCGGCCAACCGUCAGGGCCACAUGUUAAGUUGCCCAUCGGGUGGCCCAUGCUGUCAGGACCACCCGAUGGAGAUGGAUUGUCAGGGGGCCCGGUCAGAGCUGGGCACUUUAACAGCACGACCGAGCCCACUGUGAUGAGAUCACAACCUGGGAGGAAGUGACUGCCUGUCAAUCCUCCCAGCUAUCACUGAGAGCCCACGCGGGAGGAAGCAGAGGGAGUCUGAGUGGGAUUUCUGACUCCAUCAACCUGAGCCACCACUGGACCCCUAGGAAAGUCACCCUCCUGCACCUAAAAGUCAGGAAACAGGAGGGUGACUUAAAUAUUGUGUGUUUGUAUGUAUGUGUCUGUGUCUAUCUGUAUGUAUGUGUGCCUGUGUGUGUGUUUCUGUCUGUAUGUAUGCGUGUGUGUCUGUAUGUCUGUCUGUAUGUAUAUGUGUCUCUGUGUGUAUGUGUGUUUCUGUUUGUAUGUGUCUUUAUAUGUAUGUGAUGUUUCUGUAUGUAUCUGUGUGUGUGUCUCUGUAUGUGUCAUGUGUGUCGGUUAGAGGGGGAAGGAGGGCCCAUGGAUUAUGUGUACGCCACUGGUUUCAUUAUUUUUUUUAAAUGCUGACACUUGCUAGUACUUUGAGAUACAAAUGGUCACCAACAGAGCGUUUUGUGUAAAGUAAACAUUGUAUAACUUGGUACAUUGCAUCACGUCAAAUACAGGCUCAGCGCUUGUGAAAGAUGAAAUUUCCUAAGAAUCUCGUAACUAUUCAGUUUAGCCACUAAGGAAAAGGUUGGGGUUUGGGGAGUCAUUCGGCACGUGGAGUUUGGGGGGUGGUCAUUCAGCCAAACCUCGGUAAUACCUGAGGAUUCCAUCAUUUCAAUAAAGUGAAAGCGUUCAUUUUGUGUUUGUAUUUGAUGCCAGUUUCCAUAAUUUUAUAUCUAAUUGAGGUCAUUUCAGCUGCGCCAUUAUCAAAUGCAUGUUAUGGGUGUGCCCCCCCAAUUCCCAUUUUUCUCUAUGUAGGAGGAAGGAACCUGUUAGACUUGUAUAGGCAUAUGUAUAUUUUUCUUGUUGUAGUUGUGUAACUUUGUGCUACCAGUAAGGAAGUGGAAAUAAUUUUUUUAACAGUCACAUGAGUUGUUCCAAAUAAAUAAAAUGGAAAAAGGUGAAAACUGGAAUUUUGCCGCAAGCAUCUGAACAACACCAAAAUAUUCACUCUAUUGGGUAGGGGAUUUUUUGCAUUUUAUAUUUUUUGAAAGUUGAAAAAAUUUAAAAGCAGAAAAAUAUUUCUCGUGUCCAUAAUAGUCAAUCUCAGGGGCACUACCAGGUUACAGAAAAACCUGGGGCUUGAACCCAAAGUAAAAGUUGAUAACCCCUACUCUGACAGACAGAUGGGGGUAGGUCCUGAUAUAUCCCUUUUGCAUAUUUCAUUCCUCCUCCUAUCUACAAAAUGGCCAGCAAGCUUCUUAUACACUUCAGGAUACCAAUGAAAGCAUAGCCAAAAAAAAGCCCUUGCUGUACAGCCAAGUAUUUAAUUAAAUCCCGCUACGCUACCUAUCUGGUAGAGGGGCAUGCGGCAAAGAUGUGUUCCUAAGCACCCACUCCCGACCGAGACCUUGCAGUGAGCUUAUACUAGUUUCCUUUCUUUUUAUAUUAGACCGCUGUUUGAGUAAAAGUCAUAAUUUAUAAUAACCAAAAUGCCAUGAUGCUCCUGCCCAUUCCACUACCAGCAGAGAUCUGGGACCGAAGAGUAGCACACUCAAGGCUUCAGCCCUCAAAGCCUCGCCCCAGGAACUCCUGUUAUUUCUCGGAUAGCAUAGUUAUGGUAGCAGAAGGCCCUGUGUGUUGUCCCAGGGUGAAUAGUCAAACUGUUUGACAUUUGUCUGGAUCAUAUAAAUAGAUUCUAUAGUGCCAAGAAAACAAACCCUUUUCCUGACACUAUAGGCUCUUGCAGUGACGCCUUCCCUCGCGCCCCCCUACUUCAUUCAGUUACCUGAGUCCGACCGAUGUCCUUCGACUCUGGGUCUGGCUCCACCAACGCUGCUCCCCUGCCGACGUCGGCCAGUGGAGCAGACCUAAUGUGCAUGCACGGCAAUGGCGGCACUUAUAUUAGGAUUUCCCCAUAGGAAAACAUUAUUCAAUACUUUCCUAUGGGGAAAAAUCUGACGCUGGAGGUCCUCAUGCAGAGCGUCAGGACGUCCAGCAUCAGAUAGCAAACCAAAGGUCCGUUUCGAUACCGGAAGUCCCUCUAGUGGCAGUCUGGUAGACGGCAACUAGAGUAGGAGUUAACCCUCAGAGAUAAUUAUUGCAGUUUCUCUGAAACUGCAAUAAUUACCACUGUAGGGGUUAAGGGACAUGGGACAUUGCACCCAGACCACUUCAAUGAGCUGAAGUGGUCUGGGUUCCUACAGUGUCCCUUUAAGUGCCUGCAGACUACUGAAAUUUCUAAGCAGACGUUCCCACUUCUGCAUCAGUGACAUCAAUCCCUAAUCAAUCACAAAAGACUGGCGAAAUUGAUGUCAUUAAUGAAGAAGUGGGAACUUCCAUAUUCGUGAUAAUAUAAGAAUGUGAUAGACUGCGGGCAAAGAUCAGACUGUUUGAAAAUGGUUAGAGUACGUACAGUGGGAUAGAGCUUGGUGUCUCUUCAUUCCAUAGCCUCCACAGUAUGAUGUAGUGGUUAUGGUACCUAAAAUGUCCUUUUUUUGCUGUGAUAGGCGUUGUAAUUGGAUUGUGUUUAAGUUGCAUCCAUUGCGUGUGCCCAGACAUGCUCAUGUGCAGAAAAGUAGCUUUCCUUUAACGUAGCAUGUUUAUUCUGAUUUCUGGUGACUACGAAAAUCCGUGAUCUGGCAGCUUUUGACGUACAAAUCCUGCACAGGAUUCUCUGAAACAAGACAGCAAAUUAUUAAUAAGAAUGUAGGGAUUUACUAUUCUUUUAAAAUUGAGGCACUGAAAUUAAAAACUGAAUCUUUGUGUAAAACUCUUACCUUAUAGUACUUAUCCCAUGUUAUAGAUGAGGUCUACUUUAUUGCGCUUCUUUGUUAUAAGGUGAUCAAAAAAAAGCUUUAGUAGAUUUUUUAUCCAUUCUAAUUGGCCUAUUGUGAGUUAACCUGGUAAUGUAAGCGGCAAGAUAACCCCAAUAUCACUUUAUACUUGUGAACAUGUGGGAUACAUUUUUUAAGACUUGUGCAUGGUGAGAAAUUUUGGUUAUGCCACAUCAAUUUUUUUUUUUCCCCCCCAAAGGUAGAACGUUUUUGGGUACAACCAAAAUACAUUGGGAUAUUGAUUCAGCUCAGUCAAAUGUUGCCUUGGGAACCAAAAUAAGACUGCAACACCACCCCUCCAUGAAAAAGUAGAAAGAUGUGUUCAGAGAAAAUAAAUGACUUAUGACUUGAAGGAAUGACUUUAAGUUUGCAUGUUAUUUAAAACAUUUAGAUGAAUGUGAUGAUACCCCGGGCAGCAUAGGUAGAUGAACGUGUCCUAUGCCUCCAGGUGUUAAUUUGGUUCAGUAGAAUAGAAACCGAAUCUAUAAGGGAGCCUCUCUAUUUGUACAUUACACCUGUAAUAAGGAUAAUGCUUAUAAAAGAGCAGUCACGAUCUCUCAUGAAACUUACAUUAUUCCAUUUCUUUUCAAAUAUAUUUUUUUUAUUAAGAUUUUUUUCAAAAUAUUCUACAAAUAACAAUAAACUUUAAACGAAAAUAAAACAUAAAAGGGGGAAUAAUAUCAAUAAAAAAAAUUAUUAUUAAAAAAAGUGAGGGAAAAUUUUUCAUCCAUUAAUAUAUUAUCGAACAAUAAAAAUUACGUUGCUAAAUUAAAAACUUAUACAUAUUAAUCUGUAAUAAGGUGUACCUACAUUAAAUCAAUUACAUAGUUAUUAUUGGCCAUUUUGGUAUUGUGGGACAUUAUUUAUAUUUUUCAUUUAGAUUAGACACAUUACCGUAAAUAUGUGUCGUGAGCUAAUCAACAGCUGAAUAGAUACAGGAAACCGUGUAGCAAUUAGUCUUGUUACUGAAGUGCACCACCCUUAACAUGAAGGGAUUAAGAAGACAUGUAGAAUAAACCUAUAGAGUGCUUGGUUUAUUUAGAUGGGUUUUGAAGUACAGAAAAAUAAACGACAUCUCAGUAGCCUGUGACCGAUAUUAACAUUUGGGUUCCACUAGUUUUCAUAAGUGACAUAUGAGACAUAAACAGGUUUUGUUUGUGAGCAAAUUGCUUAUUUUUAGACUAUGUUUAGAUAGUUGUUUUUCUACCUGCAGGUCUGGUAAAAUAAAUAAGUAUACAGAGGAAUCUAACCACAUACCAAUAUAUAUUUUUUAACUGUGGCCAGGUUUGUAUUUGACUUUGUCUUCAUGCUUAAAGGACCACUAUAGUGCCAGGAAAACAUACUCGUUUUCCUGGCACUAUAGUGCCCUGAGGGUGCCCCCACCCUCAGGGACCCCCUCCCGCCCGGCUCUGGAAAGGGGAAAGGGGUUAAAACUUACCAUUUUUCCAGCGCUGGGUGGGGAGCUGUUUAGCGAUAUAUAUAUUAAAAAGGAAAAACCCACAAUUAAAUUUUUUUUUUAUGUAUUUGUCGAUCUUUCCAAAAAUAUUGCCAGAAUAAUUUUGAAUAUUAUAUGGUAUUGUACAGAACACUGGUGAGACCUCACUUGGAGUAUUGUACGCAGUACUGGAGACCGUAUCUCCAGAAGUAUAUUGAUACAUUAGAGAGAGUUUAGAGAAGGGCUACUAAACUGGUUCAUGGAUUGCAGGAUAAAACUUACCAGGAAAGGUUAAAGGAUCUUAACAUGUAUAGCUUGGAGGAAAGACGAGACAGGGGGAUAUGACAGAAACAUUUAAAUAUAUAAAGGAAAUCAACACAGUAAAGGAGGAGACUAUAUUUAAAAGAAGAAAAACUACCACAACAAGAGGACAUAGUCUUAAAUUAGAGGGACAAAGGUUUAAAAAUAAUAUCAGGAAGUAUUACUUACUGAGAGGGUAGUGGAUGCAUGGAAUAGCCUUCCAGCUGAAGUGGUAAAGGUUAACACAGUGAAGGAGUUUAAGCAUGCGUGGGAUAGGCAUAAGGCUAUCCUAGCUAUAAGAUAAGGCCAGGGACUAAUGAAAGUAUUUAGAAAAUUGGGCAGACUAGAUGGGCCGAAUGGUUCUUAUCUGCCAUCACAUUCUAUGUUUAUAUGGUAUCCUUGGUCUGGAAGUAUUUCAGACAGGGUAGAAAUACAUUUUUUUUAAUUUUUUUUUUUUUGUCACACACCGGUAACAAAUCACAAAAAAAAUUUUUUCCUGCUUGAGGGUACUAGUGAGUGGAAUUAUGUAAUCUGUAGCACUGUAACUUCAUACAACGACAACAGAAUCUAAAAGAAAAGGUCUGUACAUGAACAUAAUGCCCAUAUACAGAAGAAGACGCAAGGGUGAAAGAGUCCAGAAGACUUUACAAAUAACCCAUGUGCUAUACUGAUUGACAUUGAGCUCUCCCGCUCUAUAAUUUUUAGAAUGUAUAAAUAAAUGUUCUAAUUAAAAUCGGCAUUCUAUGUGGGAGGAGGAAAAAGUGGUCUUGCAGUCAUUUUAUAUUUAAACAAAUUCUCACGUUGGAGAAAAAAAAACGGGUUAAUGAUGUAAUAAAAAGAGUGGGAGAAGGGUCAGCGCUAGUAUAAAUAGAAUAUAGGCAGCGGCCCAACAAAGGGUAACCCUCAAACCCCCUAAAGAUAAAACAUGUGACACAAAAAACAGAAGAAGGGUUGCGCCAAGAGGUAGGUAUUAAUAAUAAAAGUAGUAAUAAAAGUAUAUACAAUAGUCCUAAGACCAUAUAAUUAGUAUAGUCUCACUAACUCAGUGGGACUAAAGUUCUAAUAAAAUCAUCAAAAAGAUUAAAUAAAAGCCAAAAACAAAGUCUCACACAGAGAUAAAUGUCUUUAUGGAGUGCUGGAUUUUGGGUGUAGUGUCCUCAAUUGCUUAAGUUGUUCAGCCUCCUUGCUCGUAUGUAAAACAAGAAUGGAAAAAGCCAAGGGUGCAAUAUGUACUGACAAGUGAAGAUAAAAUAAAUGGAUAAGUUAUUUCAACUCACAUUUAAAAGAGCUAUAUCCAGCUCGGGUGUGAAGAGCGUGUAGCAAUAUAAAGCUUAAAGUAUGUGUGAUAGGAGUCCUCCAGAGGGUGAUGUCCAACACUCGGGAGAGGAAAAAAUAAAAGACAACUAAUCGUGCUCUCAGUAAAAUAAAAAUGCAAUAAACAUAAGUAAAAUUGUACUCACAAGUGGAGUGCAGGCAAACUGCACUAUGGUAUCAGCGUGGGUGGUAUGAUCCCCACCUCAGGAUAUACUUGGAGUCAAACGAAGAUAAAAGCAGGUAAAAGUAGGCCAGACAAAAAAAAUUCCAAAUAUAAAAAUGUGUAAUUAAAAGAUGAUUGGCACAAUCUUGUAACCAAAAAAACUUUUAUAAAGAAAAUUACACAAUUAAAAUAACCAUAACACAUUUCGCCACUAGGGCUUUUUCAAAUGGGAUAAAAUAACAAUAAUUUAUCAUGUACUGAGUCCAGCUUCUGUACUGGGCCCACUUCUUUUUAAUCUAUUAAUAAUCUUGCACUAAGUCAUGGUAGUCUGGUAGGAUGCCACUUGUGUAUUUGUUUUUUUUGUUUUUUUACAGGACUGAGCACCAAAGUAGUAGAUGAGAAUUAAUGUGUAUACGUUGAAAAAAUGUUAAGACCCCACUGAAUUAAUAGUACACUUCUGUUGUAACAAGAAUAUCAUGGGAAGGGAAAAGUGGUGUCUCUAGUAAACUUUUCAUUUGCAGGAGUGUACAAAGUAAAAUAGGACUUCUAUUGAGGUUACAGUAGAAGAAAAAGUUAUUUUAAAAAAAAAAAAAACACAUUUUUUUGAGUGCAGCAUAUUUUGCUAUUAAAAAAAAAUCUAAUACAUUUUAUUAUUUUUGGGAAAAAAAGAUUGUUCAAAAUUAUAGUUCACAUACAAAGAAUGUGAUUGCCAUAUUGUACUCAGAAAAUAAUUGAAUUUUAAUGUUGUGGCACAAUAGGAAACCAUUUCCAACUGGAGUUUUUAACUUCUUUUUGAGCAAUGUCAGAAAUUGAGAUGCCAAAUGCUGAACUUGGAACUAUUUUUGCUUUUUUUUGCUUUUCUCAACCUAUAUGACUAUUUAACACUAACUAACUAUGCAAUUGUUUACAAAAUAUAGAAAUGUUCUAAGCUAUGCUUACUAUCUGGAUCAUAUUUGAUCUAAGAAAUGCACUGCGCAGAAAAAAUAUGUUUUAUUCUGGUGAAGUAACAUCUCUCUAUCAAAUGAUUUUUCCAUAGGCGGAAUCUCACCAAGAUGUCAUUAAUCUUCAGUCACAUUUUGUCUGAGCUUAAAGCUUUAUUUCCGGGGGGACAAUUUCAAGGAAAUUCAUAUCGAAUUGUUAAACAAGAGGCUGCUAAAUUCUGGACUCAAAAAUUUGCAACAAAGUAAGUAAACAAAGUACAAUACGAAUAUGAUUUUUCAUUAAUUCCUUACUCCCAUAUUGCCAUACAACCCUAAUUUCAGGGUUUAAUGCGCACCCCCUGUUAACACUAUAUUACAAAGUUAUUGUUAUCCUUUUUUUAAAUUCUAACAGGUGCUUGGUGAAGUGGAGUGAAUUUAGAGCAGGACUUAACACUGUACACCCGGUAGGCGACGGACCACUUGAAUCCGCACUACGCAGCACUAUUGACCUCACCUGUAAUGACUGCAUCUCGGUAUUUGAGUUUGAUAUCUUCACACGGCUUUUCCAGGUAAAGACUUCCCAAAUAAUUUAUCAAUCUUUAUUUAUUCAUUAAAUGGUAUUUAGUUUUUAAAUAAAUGUUAUGUCUUUAUUUAUGCUAAAGUAAUAGGAAUAAUAAGUAAGAACAAUAAGGAUGUGGCAGUCUCUGCCCGAACAGGUGGUUUUAUCAGCCUCUGCUUAACAGAUGAUCAAACAGCAACUGAAGGAAUACUUGCAAAAACAUAAUAUUCAGGGAUAUAUUUUUUUAAUAUGUGGGGUAACAGCUUCUUGAUCCAAGGAGUGGAGGAAAGAUACAUUGAGAUUUCUCUCGUUUUCAAUUAUGCCCUGGGUCCACAAAACAUUGCGUCGAUACAUUAUAGUACAAUAUUAAUACACAAUAUAUACAAAAUUUAACAUAGAACAGGUAGGAAAUAUAUAAUCAACCAUGUCAGGUUCAUUCUGUUUUGAGGUAUGUAGAGAGGGAUCUCUUAAAGCACUUUAGGCUUGGGGAAGAUUUUAAAGUGUGCGGGAGGUCGUUCCACAAUUGCGGUGCUCUGUAGGAGGAGGAUCGAGCUGCUUUCUUUUUGUAUUGAGGUAGACUAAAUAAAGUGCUGGUACUGGAUCGGAGGUUAUAGGAGGUGGGAACAGCCGGGGAGAGCAUUCUGCUCAGGUAGGGUGGGAGUUUCCCAGAAAAGGUCUUAAACACAAGGCUGGAAAGAUGAAGGGUGAGUCUGGAUUCCAGCGACAGCCAGUUUAGUUCUUUUAGCAUGUCAAUGUUGGGUCCUGUAAUUACAAUGUAGCACAAAUUGGCAGAACGACUUAUACAAUGUAUUAAGUUUAUUAAGGUGGGUUUGCGGUGCAGGUGCAUAUACUACAUCCCCAUAAUCAACGAUUGGCAUCAGCAUUUGCUGUACAAUCUUUUCCUUUACUGUAGGGCUUAGGCAGGAUUUGUUUCUGUACAGGGCACCUAGUUUUGGAUAAAGUUUAGAUGCAAGCUUUUCUAUGUGGAGGCCAAAAGAUAGAUAGGGGGUCUAACAACAUACCAAAGUAUUUCAAAGAGUGGUCUGCGAUCAGUGUGCUAUUUGAAUUUGUUUUGAUGGAUAGGUGGGAAUUGUGUAAUUUGUGUAAUUUAGGUGUUUGGUAGUAAGGAUGAAUGAACUUUAAUGUUUUUGUCUGAUAUACACAUCUAGAACAUAAAGCUUUAAAGCAUACAGGGUUAUUCACGAACGUGAAUAUUCAAAGUCAGUUUACAAUUUCAGGCCAAAAUAUCUAAAUUGGAAAAAUUAUCUAAAUCAGGUAUGUUUUAAAGUUUGCCUACUUUAUCUUAAAAUGUGAAAUUCACUUUGACUUCUCAAUUUAGUGAAUAGCCCAGAAAGUCAUUUUUGUCAACGUUCCAAAAAUGUAGAACUGUAAUACACAUUUUCUACUUCUUCAGCGAGAAGAUCAACAUAAAUCUCUGUCAUUAGGUGGGAAUUAACUGGUAAUAUCUGCAGGCGGAAGCCUACAUGUAAAGACUUAAUUGGAUUGAAGCUUGGCAUGCAACGUUCUGCUGAGUUUGUAUUUUGUACCUUUACAGCAUUAAUCAUCUAUAACCCCAGACUCCACGUUUACAUGUUUUUAAAUAAACUUUAGAAAACAAAACCAAAAAAAACAAUCUGCAUACUUAUACUACAUCUAACCUCACAUAAUCACCUUGAAAUACAGGUUUGUCCUAUGUUUAUACUGUGCUAAGAAUACUAGCAAAAUUACUUAUAUGCAUGCACUUUCUUCCAACCAUCUCACCUUCAUGAGAGAUUUUCAUGUGCAUCAUAUACAGAAGAUCCAAACAGAGUACCCUUUACCAAAUGCUAAGCCUGAGUGGCUAUCAGUGGACCAGUGAGAGGAACUCAUUCCACGACAGCCUGAGUAUAACAAUAUCUGCUGCUUAAAGGACCACAAUAGGCACCCAGACCACUUCAGCUUAAUGAAGUGGUCUGGGUGCCAGGUCCUUCUAGGGUUAACCCAUUUUUUAAUAAACAUAGCAGUUUCAGAGAAACUGCUAUGUUUAUUAAUGGGUUAAGCCUUCCCCCUAAUCCUCUAGUGGCUGUCUCAUUGACAGCCACUAGAGGCGCUUGCGUGCUUCUCACUGUGAUUUUUCACAGUGAGAGCACGCCAGCGUCCAUAGGAAAGCAUUGUAAAUGCUUUCCUAUGCGACCGGCUGAAUGCGCGCGCAGCUCUUGCCGCGCGUGCGCAUUCAGCCGACGGGGCGGAUCGGAGGAGGAGAGCUCUCCGCCCAGCACUGGAAAAAGGUAAGUUUAAACCCCUUUCCCCUUUCCAGAGCUGGGCGGGAGGGGACCACCCUCAGGGCACUAUAGUGCCAGGAAAACGAGUAUGUUUUCCUGGCACUAUAGUGGUCCUUUAACUGGCAUUACAUUUCUUGGCGUUAUGAUACAUCUACAGUUAAUUUCUGGUGGCAGGCGCUAUAUCACUAAGUAGCUUGUAUUGCAUAUGAUACUGUAUUCGUCUGUUUUCUUCAGGCUGUAAUUCCCCAAAAAUUAACACAAACAACUUUUUUUUUGGUCUUUUAUUAAACUACAGUCUACAUUUAACAGCUCGAAUAUUUAUUUUUGUUUUCCAAUAAGGAGGCAAGAUUAAUUUGAAAGUUUUUAAUGGCAUUUUACAUUUAAUCCACUGAUAUUUAUUAUUGAUGUAGUUGCAAUCAAGUGUUAUACAUAGUUUAGUAUUCUGUCUUGGUUAAAGGGCAUCGUAGGGAGUUGAGCUGCAACAUGAACAACUGGGAUGCGUGUGAACCCACUGGGUCUUUACAUACGUUGUUACAUUGGUAUCGUAAUUGAAAACCCUAGAUUAAUUUGAAAGUUUUUAAUGGCAUUUUACAUUUAAUCCACUGAUAUUUAUUAUUGAUGUAGUUGCAAUCAAGUGUUAUACAUAGUUUAGUAUUCUGUCUUGGUUAAAGGGCAUCGUAGGGAGUUGAGCUGCAACAUGAACAACUGGGAUGCGUGUGAACCCACUGGGUCUUUACAUACGUUGUUACAUUGGUAUCGUAAUUGAAAACCCUAUGUCUUCGAAACACCAGUUGUUGUUAAACCCAUACAAUUAUAAUUGUUAAACAAAGCUCUAUUUGGUCCAGCUCUCCGAAGACCUGUGUUUAGUGGAUCUAAGAUACUCACAAAAUUUCUCCUUCUUUGUCUGUGCUGUGUUCCAACCAAGCUUGACAUAACUUGGGAUAAUGGAAAUGUGCUAUCACCACAAUAAUAAAUGUGUAGAUAGUGUGGUAAAGUAUAACAUAUACUUAUCCUAAUGGUAAACAGGACAGCCUCCCACUGAUCACCCGCCAGAUGGUGAUCUUACAUGAAUAGGAAUAGAAACAACAAAACAUGGGAAAUGGCUGUAUAAAGAGAACACAAAACAAAAGAUAGUGUGAUAUUGUUAUAGAUUAUAUAUGUGCGCUAAUAAUCAUUGCACUCACAGAAUUGAAGAUGUAAACGCAUUCAAAGGGUGCCUCCCCCGAUGGUGUUGGGGGCUAUGAACCCACACCUCGCUCCGGAUGUACUCCUUUUAAGAACAGGAAUCCAGACGAUGGUGGUAAAAAUAUAUAUUUGGCUUUAUUUGUAAGUAAAAGGUGAAUAUACACCAAUUAAAACAGAGGUUGAUUGUUUUUAAUUUUAUUGGCGUAUGAUUAUUAGCGCACAUAUAUAAUCUAUAACAAUAUCACAUUAUCUUUUGUUUUGUGUCCUCUUUUAGAUUAUACAGCCAUUUCCCAUGUUUUGUUGUUUCUAUUCCCAUAACAUGGGAUAAAACUGGUUCAGUUUCUUCACUUUAUAUUGAUGUCAUAGGGAUUCUUGUAGUCAUUUAUAUCUGAUUAAGGACUAGGUAGAAAGUCUAAAAUUUUUUUUAUGCCCAUACGUAGGAAGUUUCAACACUUGAAUCUGGAUUUCAUGGUUUUUAUCCAAGCUCAUUAUCUAAUGAUAAUUGAUCAUAUUCUCAGGGUCACAGAGUCUGGAGCUGACUCUCUCAUAUCCUACAGUAUUAUAUGCACAGGUUUAAUGUAAUGUAAACAAAGCGAUUUUUCUGAUCUGGGAAGUUAGUGUUUUCAUAUCUGGUAUUGGAGAUUUUGUUUUUCCACAAAAUGAGUCACUGUGUAGAAUCAUUGUUGUGGUUGGCAAAAAGGUUAAAUAUCUCUGUGUUGGUUCUUGUCGUAUCGUCCCAUUGAAUUUAAAGGGGCACUAUAGUCAUCAAAACAAGUUUCGCUUAAUGAUGAAGUUUUGAUGUAUAGAUCAUGCCCCUGCAGUCUAACUGCUAAAUUAUCUGUCAUUUAGGAGUUAAAUCACUUUGAUUAUGCAGCCCUACUAACACCUGUCUGCAUGUGACUUUCAUAAGCAUUCCUAAAAGGAGAGAUCUAGUUUAAACUUCCUUUAUUGCACAGUCUGUUUAAUUUAGAAUUUUGUAUUUCCUGCACCGGUUAAUGCUAGACUCUGCAGGAGCCUGCUGUGCGUGAUGAAAAGUCAGUUUACAGAGCAGGAGAUUAAAACUUCUAAAGAAAGUUAAUAACAUUUUUUUUUUUUUUUAGGUAGGCUAUGUCAAUCACAGCCAGGGGAGGUGUGGCUAGGGCGGCAUAAUCAGAAACUAAAGUGAUUUAACUAAUAAAUUGUAGAGAAUUAAGCUGUGAGACUGCAAAGGCACGAUAUAUACACCAAAACUACUUCAUUAAACUGAAGUUUAACUUAACCCCUUAAGGACGGGGGACGUUCUAUGCCGUGCUUAGGGAACCAGCUCUAAAUGCCGGAAGGCGGCAUAGAACAUCCCCGCCGUCCUAUGUACUUACCCGUCCUAUCCCAGGGAGUUCCCCUCCUUUCUCUUCGGCCCCCCUGGGCCAUGUGAUCGCGAGGACCUCGAGAUCACAUGGACGGCAUAGCCAGCAGGGGGAGUGUCUGUAAUGACAGGUACUCCCCCUGCUGCCUGAAAAUAAAAAUAAAACAGUUUAAAACAGUGUAAAAUUAAAUAUAUACUUAGAUCAUAUAUAUAUGAAUGAUUUAAGUAUAUAUUAUUUAUUUUAUUAAAUAAUUGUACGUGUGUUUUGAUAUAUAUAUUAAUAUUAAAAUUAUAUAUAUAUAUAUAUAUAUAUAUAUAUAUAUAUGAGAUCUGUGUGUGUGUGUAUAUAUAUAUAUAUAUUUUAAUAUUAAUAUGUAUUAUCAAAACACACAUACAAUGAGAUUGAUUAAAUAUAUAUAACUAUCAUAUAUAUAAUAUAAAAUAAAUAUAUAUGUAACUACAUUAAAAAAUAAUAAAGAAAAUAAAAAUGUGUAAUUUCGUUCUAACUGUAUUUUAAAAUUAAUAUAUAUUGAUAUCAACAUACACUUAGAACGAAAUAAUAUAUAUAUAUAUAUAUAUAUAAUAAUUCUACGUAUAUAUUUAUGUAAUAAUUUUACAUAAUUAGGUCUAAUUACAAUUUGCGGGACCUGCCUGACAACCCAGGCCAAAAGUCCAGGGAAUUUAAUUUGCUAGCACUAUAUUUAACCCUGUAACUUUCCAAGACUCCAUAAAACCUGUACAUAGGGGGUACUGUUUUACUCGCAAGACUUUGCUGAACACAAAUAUUAGUGUUUCAAAACAGUAAAAUGUAUUACAACGAUGAUUUUGUCAGUAAAAGUGAAAUUUUUUGCAUUUUUCACACACAAAUGGCACUUAUACUGACGAUAUUGUUGUGAUACGUUUUACUGUUUUGAAACACUAAUAUUUGUGUUCGGCAAAGUCUCCUGCGUAUAACAGUAACCCUCACGUACAAGUUGAAUGGUGGUUUCAAAAGUUACAGAGUCAAAUAUAAGGCUUGCUUUUCAGUUUUUACACACUGAAAUUCGCCAUUUGCAAAAGUAGACAACCCAAGGUUUUGCAAAUGGGGUAUGCCCAGUCUUUUUUAGUAGCCACGUAGUCAUAAACACUGGCCAAAAUUGGUGUUUAAAUUAGUUUUUUGCAUUUUUCACACACAAACAAAUAUUAACACUAACUUUGACCAGUGUUUGGACCAAGUGGCUUCUAAAAAAAUACUGGACAUACCCCAUUUGCAAUACCUUGGGUUGUCUACUUUUGCUAAUGGUAUGCCAUCAUGGGGGUAAUUCUCAUUCCUGGGCUACCAUACGGUCUCAAAGGCAACGUAACCAAUCUGGCGAAUUUCAAUGUGAAAAAAACUGAAAAAUGUAACAUUCUAUAUUUGAUCCUGUAACGUCCCAAAACACAAUAAAACCUGUACAUAGGGUGUACCGUGUUACAUGUGAGACAUGGCUAAAUACAAAUAUGUGUUUUAUUGCAGUAAAAGCAAACAGUAUUAUGACAUUCACAGUUAGAAUGUCACGUAGAACUAAACAUUUUUUUGAAUUCUUAUUUUCUCCCAUUUUUUUAUAUUUUAUUCAUAUUAAAUUGUUUUAUACGUAAAUAUUUGAUGUUAAAUGAAAGCCCUGUUUCCCCUGAAUAAAAUGAUAUAUAAUAAGUGUGGGUGCAUUUAAUAUGAAAGAGGUGAAUUACGCCUGAAUAGACAUAUAGCGCAAUUUCAAGUUUUUUGUUUACGUUUUGUUUUGAUCACAACGUGUACAUUUGGCUCAGUCCUUAAGGGGUUAAACCUUACAGCUAGGUAAAUCUAGUAAUACUACUCAUUCAUUAACUUUCCAUCUAUGAUUCAAUCUCCCUUUUUUAAUUAAUUUAUUUUUUUAUACGCAGCCCUGGGACACUUUAUUGCUGAAUUGGAUGUUGCUGGCAGUCACACACCCUGGAUAUAUGGCCUUCCAAACAUAUGAUGAGGUUAGAGAUCACCUGCAAGGAAGCAUACAUAAACCUGGGAGGUAUGUUUAUAUUGUUAACUAUAUGAAAUGAUUUCAAUUGUGACAAUUAUUUCAUUGUACGGAAAAUGUAUCGAUGAAGACAUCAAAAACAAGCCAGAUUGCCAAGAAAUACUGCACUAUGUCUGGUUGUGUUGUUAUCAACUUUCUUGUGUUUUAGUUAUACCUUUUUCUCAUUUUUCAUUUCUAAAGAGACGUUUUUUUAUUUUAAUUUUAUUAAGACAGAUUUCAUACUUAAAACCCCCAAUGAUAUAUGCAGUCAUCAAAGUCUAAUGGAAUGUCUAAGGAGUGAAUUGCUGUUCAUCUAUAAAGUGUGACUAUUUGGUGCCAUACGUGUAAACGCCACAAACCACCUAGUUAUAUAGUAGAUGUUUGAAUGUUAAUAAUAGUUUCACCUUCGUUAAUCUUCAGUUACUCAUCUGACCUUUUGGUGCAUGUCUUUAACCUUAUGGAAUAAAUUGCUGCAUUAGAUAGAACCUGUAAUUCUGGUAGGUUAGGUGUAUCUUCUUGAUUGUUUUGGGAAACCCAAACGCAGAGUUUCUGUAAAGGAACAGCGUACAUGACACACAUCACAUGGACAGAUUACUCUGUAUUUAUUUAUUGGUUUGGAGCCACCCAUCUGGAUCAUUUAUAGACCUGAUGAAACCAUGAGUCAGACUGCUGCUAGCUUCCAUCUGCUAGGUGAGAUUCCUGUUCUAGUUUUGUGGUUUUCAAUUUUUUUUGUUUUUCACCACGGGACACUUCAAAGAGAUGAACAGUUCCAUGAUAUUGCCAUUUUAUAAAUAUCGCAUUUAUUGAAGCCUUAUUAGAAAGAUACGCAUAUCUCUAGUCAGACUGACUUAUUACCUUUAAUUGAUUGCCAGGUUAGGGAUAGGCCUUUCAGUGCUGACACCUGACAUUUAAGGAAUUGCAUUCAGAUUACUACAGCCCUAAAGUCAAUAUGGUCAUGGAACACUUUGAAGUGACCCAUGGAACACUGAUUGAAAACUACUACUCUAGGUGCUGUUACAGGAGGUUGGGGAUGCGUGAAGGGUCUGCUUGAGUUUAUUUUGGAGAAUGGUUGCUUCCCUGGUCAAUACAACUCUAUCAGAAUUAUUCACUAAAGAAUGCAAAGAGAACUUCAAAUUUAAGGCCAGAGUAGCCAAAUUGAAAGCACAGCUAUUUUUACUUUAAAUUUGAAAUUCACUUAGAAUUCGCUUGAAUCUUUUUCACUUUAGUAAAUAACUCUCUAUCAUGCCUCCCAACUGUCCUGAUUUUUAGAUUCUAUCCCGCCUUAGUUUUCUAUUGUCGUGCUUCUGGGGACAUCAGGGAACUGUUCCCAACAAUCAUAGCACGAGUGCUUGCAUUAUGUUUGGGGCACUAAGGCCCUGCAGGGACCAUUGGAAAAAGUGUUCCGUGCAAGGCCUGCCCUGUGAGCAAUUACGCAGAUCUUCUGACUGAAGGCCAGCUGCCUCUAGUUUCUUUGUGAGUAUAUAUUAUCUCUUCCUUUGAAGUAUUAACACUAUGCUUGUUUUCCUCUCUACCUUUAUUUUCCGCAUAUACUUUCCUUAUUUGUCUUACUGGGUAUGACAUUGUGUUUAUUUAGUCUGCUGCACAUGACUAUUUUGAAGUUGUCUGGUUUCUAUGAUAACCUAUUACACCAUGAGCCCUCCCGCCAUAUUGAUACAGAUGUUUGGGCACAGAUAUAUAUAUAUAUAUAUAUAUAUAUAUAUAUAUAUAUAUAUAUAUAUAUAUUUUUUUUUCUAUUGUCUAUUACUCUGUAUACAUGACUAAGGCUUGAGGCCAAAACAUAUAUGAUUGUUCUACCGAUCCUAAUUUAAACUACUUUCUAUUGCACCACAUUGUGAGGCAAUUGGGUUUUGCAUACUCCUAAUGGACUAAAAAUCCCUUCCAAUGUACUCCAGGAGUGGUAUCAGUCACUACUUGGUUUACUAUCUUUGGAAUUGGACCUCUAAGUUAACUUAGUCUGGUUAUAAGUCAUGCCCACACUUACUGAGCGUUGAUGGCUACACACAGACCUGCAUUAUUUUAUUGAGCUGAUGUUUCAGUUUUGGAGGAUCCUUUAAAUAACAAUUUGUUAUACAAGAUAAACCAUCAUUGGUCCUUAAGCGGUUAAAUAAUAAAUGAUGGAUAAUGGCUCUAGAACCAACAGUUUUAUCUUGAAUAGACAUGUGAGUUUUUAAGGAACAAAAAGUUAAUGUUAAAUAAAUAGAGAAGUCAGAAUAAGAGGUGUAACUAGAAACUACAGGACCCUCGGCCCCCGCCCCUCCAUUUGUAUAAUCUAACACAUACAAAUACAUACACUGACACACAUGCUAAUACACAGCCACACAGAAUAACAAACAUUCAGAUACACAGAAUUACACUUCUACAGAUACAAACACUGACGCACAUGCGGAUACACAUACACACAUACAGACAGAUACACAUAUAGACACAGGCGUAUACACAUAAACAGAAUGACACACAUACAGAUACAGUGACACACAUACAGACACAUAGGGGCACACACUGACACACAUGCAGACAAACCGAUGCACAUACAGACACACGUGCAGACACACAGAUACACAUACAGUCAUACAGAACACACAAACACAAAUGCGGAUAUACACACACUUAAUGACAAACAUUUAGAUACACAGAAUGACACGCAUACAGAUAUAAACUGUGACACACAUAUAGAUACAUAGGAGCACCCUGACACACAUGCAAACAGAUACACAUACAGACAUAUAGAUAUCCAUACUUACAGAUACACAUACAGGCACACAUGCAGACAAAGAUGCGCGCACACACACACACACAUGCAGGCACACAUAUACAGACAUUCACACACACAUAUAUACAGACAUUCACACACAUACAUACACACAGAUUCACACACACAUACAUACAUUCGCACAGAAACAGACAUUCACACACACACAGAUAGACAGACAUUCACACACUCCAGUUUCCUACAUUCAGGUCCAGUGGCUCCCUCCUCUCCUUCCCGCGCGUCUCUCUUAGCUGAGAGGAAGUGAUGGCUUCCUCCCAGUGCCAGCGGGCACUCUGACAUCAUCACUGGGGCCCGGUCACGCUCUUAAAGCGCCCCAACGCUGACCGGGCCCCAGGUAAUUCAUUGCCAUCAGGUGGCCUCAAGAGCAUGGGCCACCCGAUGUGCCCCUUCAAUGCAACCCCGGCAGUUGUUUCACGCGGCCUGGGCCACACCACAAUCUCGGCAGGCCCCUUGGAGUGACUGGCCCAGUCGCAGCUCCGACCCCUGCGACCGCGGUAGUUCCGCCAGCGGUCAGAAGAAACGUUCGCUAUAAAAAUAAAAAGAGAGUUUACUGAUAUACCCCAUGAUAUAAAUAUUAAUUUUACAUAUACACAUUUUUAAUAAUAUUUUUAUCAUGCACUAUAUCAUUAUAUAUUUUUUUCUUGUAGUUAUAUUUUCAGGUUGAGCUGCACACAUCUUGGACAAUGGGCAAUUGGCUAUGUGACAUCUAGUGGCACCAUUCUUCAAACCAUUCCACAUAACAAAUCCCUAUAUCAAGCACUGCAAGAAGGAGAGAAAGAAGGACUGUAAGUGUUAUGGAAAAUACUACAAGAAUUCCAAUACUCAUAACUGAUGUACAUCGACAAAAUAAUAGAGUAGAACAAACCAAAAACAAAUCCAUUUAGCCACACUUAUAUCUGAAAAUGAGAAGCCUUCUGGAAAAAAAAAUCCAGAAAUCCAAACACUUGAAAACAGCUGUGAUCAUUGUGUAUCAGAGGUUCUAGGCAUACCUACUAGAAUGAGAGAAUAGGUCUGUGCUUUAUUUAUGCUAUGAAACAUAUAUCGUUCUUUUUUUUUUUUUUUUUUUUUAAAGUAUGCUAAAACUGUGUGUGUGUGUGUGAAUAAUGGCAUAUCUGCCGCUUUUAAUAAGCACAGUGAAUUUCUGAUUUCAGAUACCUGUACCCUAAUGGCCUGACCACAAACCCUGAUUUAUCCCAGCUCUCCAACCCAUCUCCAAACAUUGAAAUUCAGGUGACACAGGUAUGUACCUUCCGCACAACGACAUAACUAUUGCUCUUCUCUGUCCGUCUGGUCUUUCUGUGCUGUAUUUUAUUUUGGUUAUUGUUUUGUGGACCAUAGACCAUGUAUAACAUUCUUACACCUACGUUACAUCGGUCUCUGAUUUAAAGUGAUAAAACUGUGAUUUGGAGCUUAUCAUUCGCAACAAUAUAUCAUUUCAGUUGGCUAUAUAUGGUCGUGAAUGGUUGAGAUAUGCAUGGUGAAAAACGAAUAAAACCAGUAGAAGAUUUGAAACGUAAUAAACAAAACUAAUCAUUUGAUUGGUGCUAAAUUUAUGGAUCAAGAAUUUUAUUAAGAACGAUGAUUACGAAAUAUAAGGAGAAAUCAUUUUUUAUUGUAUUUAAUUUUUUAUGCUUCUGGUUAACAUACGAUUUAUUUUUUUAUACUCUUUCUUUUGACUUGUUUAGUCUCAUUUUGUCUCAUUUUCUGUUUUUCCUUAUUGCAGGAGCAAUGGGAGUUAUAUUCCGACAUGGAUUCCACAUUUGAAAUGUGCAAAAUCUGUGCAGACAACGAGAAGAAUGUUCGGUUACAGCCAUGUGGGCAUUUAAUGUGUGACCAAUGUCUGUCUGCUUGGCAGGUACGUGAUACAUUGCUAGUAGACACAAGCAGAAGAACUCUUCCCCACCCCUUUCCGGCCCCAAAAACAAAAAAACCUAAUAAGUCUUAUAGAUAUCUCUUUAAUUUUGCUUAGUAACUAGAAUAUGCCCAGUGAACAUUUUACAGCUGAGACAUGCUAAACAUGAGACAAAAUAUAUUUAUAUAUAGAUUUUCUAUGCCACCACUGUAGUAAUUUAGUCUUUAAUUACCUUGUACAGCAUGGAAUGUUCACCUAUUUAGCCUAGAACCCUGCCAACAUUCUACAUUUGUAGAAUAUCCCAAAUUCCAUUGACUUUCUAAGGGCCGAAGUAUGGUUGUGAUGGGUAAUGGGUUAAGAAACAAUACCAACACUAAAAACAUUUUAUAUGUUUAUUGCAAAUUCAUUGAAAAGAAAGAAAAUAAAUCUUUCUGACAUCAUGUGAUUGGGUUUCCUGAUUUCCUAUUGUUUGAAAUGUUAAGUGACUUGGUAAGUACCAUAAUGAUGUCUGCUUCUUGCAUUGGUCAUUGUGAAAGGAUAUCCCAUGUUACUGUAUUACUACACAAUGUGGGUUUUCAAAAAUCCCUGUUGCUAUAAACUUUCACUCAAAGAAUUGACAGGAAUAAACUUAUACAUUCCUAUGCUCAUGCAACCAUGUGUACAGUGUUUGCCCGCCAGGGUUGCCAACCAAACGUUUGGAGCCUCUUACACAGCUAAAGGCCUGCCUGCCCACAGGGCCCACUCCAGAGUCCACAUACAAGGAUGCGGUGUGUGUGUGUAAUGGAUGCAGUGUGUGUGUGUGUGUGUGUGUGUGUGUGUGUGUGUGUGUGUGUGUAUGUAAUGGAUGCAGAGUGUGUAUGUGUGUAAUGGAUGCAGAGUGUGUGUGUGUGUGUGUUUGUGUAAUGGAUGCAGAGUGUGUGUGUGUAAUGGAUGCAGAGUGUGUGUGUGUAAUGGAUGCAGAGUGUGUGUGUGUAAUGGAUGCAGAGUGUGUGUGUGUGUAAUGGAUGCAGAGUGUGUGUGUGUGUGUAAUGGAUGCAGUGUGUGUGUGUAAUGGAUGCAGAGUGUGUGUGUGUAAUGGAUGCAGAGUGUGUGUGUGUAAUGGAUGCAGAGUGUGUGUGUGUGAUGGAUGCAGAGUGUGUGUGUGUGAUGGAUGCAGAGUGUGUGUGUAAUGGAUGCAGAGUGUGUGUGUAUAGUGAAUGCAGGUGGUGUCUGUUUGUGUGUAAAUAUGUGUGGUAAGAGGGGGGCUGUGGGUGAGCUUUUUUUUUUUUAAUCUAAUUUUAUUUUUUUAUUAUUAUAUUAAUUGUCGGAGAGUUGCUGUGGUAACCUAUGGCAAUUCUGUCACAUUCUGGGCUUGUGAAGGGACCUCCCAGAUUUGUAAGCCGGGGUCUCCUGGCCUCCCUCUUCACUAUGCAUGCCAGCAGUGCCUCAGGGACAUAUAUAUUGCGGUACUUACUAUAUAUAGGUACAGUGGGAGUAUGAGGGUGGCCUUGUUGCCUAUUAGACGUGGACGAAAACAUUUUUGUUCAUUCGGCAAUUUGUCCAUUCUUCAAAAGGACAAAUGCAAUUUCCUACGAAUGAAACAAAGAAUGAAUUGCUUGUUGGACAGAAUUUUGUUUGUGCAAUUCAUUCUUUCGUUUGUUUUAGUUAGUACAAGGAUGGAGCUACCAGCUUGCGGCUCCCUCCUUGUAAUAUUUAAAAAAAAAAAAAGGAAUCCUUUUAUGCCCCCCUUCAGUAUAGUAUUACAGGGGUAGAUAUGAACCCCAUGUUAGUAUGAGUGAGAUUAAAUCCUUCCUUCUGCACAGACCCGCUGGGCAGCUAGUAAGGGCAUGUAUACUGAGCAGACUGCUCGUUGUCCUAAGAAAAGUCUAGUAACGAAUCUAUUCAAUUAAAUGUGGAUGGUGAAAACCCAGUCUCCCCCACAGCCACCACCCAUUAGCAGUGGGUGGAGGCCCUAAAUAAUAAGGGACCACACUGUCUCUUGUCCCCACCCAGCCACCACCCAUUGUCUGUGGUGGGUGCUAGUAAUAAAAAGAAUCCCCCCCCCCCCUCCAGGGACUAGGGGUCCCCAAGGCCAACACCCAACCCCCUCACCCUAAUAAUAGUAAGAGGGGCCAAUAAACUAAAUACCUGUAAAAUUAAAAAAAUAAAUCAUACUUACCAUUAGACGUUUUCUUUUUUUCUUACAUCAUCUUUUCUUCAGCCCCAAAAGAGGCCAAAUAAAAAUCCAUAAGGUGGCAUCACACUUUUUUAAAAUAUAAAAAGGACCUGAUUGCAAAAACAAAAAACCACAAUGAAAAAAACGCAUCUUCACCCAUCAAGGACUUUUAUGCAGACUUUAUAAAGAAUUUCCCAUGGCGUUCUCUUUGGGUCAGAGUGCUCUGAUAGGUUGACUUAAGCCAAUGGAUGGGGACUGUGGGGGGAGGGGGGUCAAUAGAUACACUGCCACCUUGUUUAUUAGGGGUGCCACCACUGGUUGCAAUCUGGGGGGACACUCUAUCCCCCCAGUUAAUUUAUAAGGUGCCAUUCAAUAAGGACAUGUGCUAGGUCCCCCUUUAUUGGUUGAGGGACUUGUGUUUUUUUAUAACAUUGAGCAGCCCCUGGCUGUGUGUUGUUUAGUAGACAUGCCCAGACUUGCAGCAUAGCUGGUAAGGGCAUGAGAGAGGAUGUAAUCUCCCUUAUUUACUAAUACCAAGUAUUUUUUACUUAGUAUUUAUAAAAUUGUCUGAAAGAUCAAAAUUAAGAAAAGGAAGGGCUUUUUGUAAUUUUGGACUUUCAGCUUCUUCGUAGAUGGCAAUCUAAUCCUCAUGUGGGAUUGCCGUGAGGAUACUAAAAAGGAUCUGUCUACUAAAUAGCUCCCUAAUUUGGUAUUCUUAAAUAUGGUCGUCACACAAGGCUACCAAUUUAGGGAGUUAUCUGCUAAACCGCUGCAAGAUGCAACUGCAGCACGGAUUGGAAUCAUCUGAAUAAACUUCCAAAACAAAAAUAAUGGCUGAAUUUUGUCCUAAAACGAACGAGCAAAUGGUCUAAAUUUGCUUUGCACAAAACUAAAGUGUUUAAUUUAUUGUAAAAAAAUUUCACUGCAGAAAUCAGAUGGUCUCACCUGUCCUUUUUGUCGCUGUGAAAUCAAAGGCAAAGAAGACAUACGCAUUACUCCCAAAGAAGAGGCUGUGGAGGUAGGUACUGCUAAAUACAUUUCCAAAUGCUAAUUAGAGAAAUAUUUACAUAUAUACACAGCAAUGCAAAUCCACAUUAUUGUGAGUUUCAUUUCUGCAGAUACUAAUUAGAAAUAUCAAUGUAACUUUUUUUUUUUUUUUUUUAUUGCUGUGUGGUGCUGUGAUACACACAUACCUGCCAAACAUAUUAUUAUUAUUAUUAUUAUUAUUAUUAUUAUUAUUAUUAUUAUUAUUAUAUUUAUAUUUAUAAAGUGCCAACAAAUUCUGUAGCGCUUUAAAAUACAACACAUAUCUACUGAUUUUUAUUGCUUUGGCUCUCUGUGAUACUCUUACACACUAGAUAUUUAGGUGAAGUUUGUCUGAUCGGGUCAGUGGCGUACACACGAUCCAUGGGCCCCCCCCCGCACUUACUCUGUGCGGGCCGGGGCUGCAACACAUGGCGGUAGGCACCUGGUCGCAGCCAUGGUAUGUACGCCACAGCAUGCAGAUACAUACACUCAGAGCCACCAUCAGAAAUUUUGGGGCCCCUGACAAAGCACAAGGUGUGAGCCCUCCUUCCCUCACCCCCAGGCCCGCCCACGCCCUACCUAGUCCGCUGACAAUGAAUGUGGUGUGUAUAGUGGAAGUGAUUUAGAAUGUGUGUAAUGGAUGUAGUGUUUGUGUGCAUUAGAUACUGUUUGUGCAGUGAAUGCAGAGUGUGUGUUUUUGUAGCGGAUGCAGUGUGUAUAGUGAACGCAGGCUGUGUUUGAGUAGUGGAUGUAGUGUGUGUACAGUGAUGUAGUGUGUGUUUGUCUAGUGGAUGUAGUGUUUGUGUGUACUAGAUGAAAUGUGUUUAGUGGAUGCAGUGUCUGUAGUGGAUGUAGUGUGUGUAUUAGAUGCAGUGUCUGUGUAUAGUGAAUGCAGAGUGUUUACAUUUGUGGUGGAUGUAGUGUGUGUACUGUGAAUACAGGAUGUUUGUGUAGUGGAUGCUGUGUGUACAGUUAAUGCAGAGUGUGUGUCAGUAUAGUAAAUGCAGAGUGUGUGCAUAGUUUAGCGAAUGCAGAGUGUGUGCAUAGUUUAGCGAAUGCAGAGUGUGUGCAUAGUUUAGCGAAUGCAGAGUGUGUGUGCAUAGUUUAGCGAAUGCAGAGUGUGUGUGCAUAGUUUAGCGAAUGCAGAGUGUGUGUGCAUAGUUUAGCGAAUGCAGAGUGUGUGUGCAUAGUUUAGCGAAUGCAGAGUGUGUGUGCAUAGUUUAGCGAAUGCAGAGUGUGUGUGCAUAGUUUAGCGAAUGCAGAGUGUGUGUCAGUAUAGCGAAUGCAGAGUGUGUGUCAGUAUAGCGAAUGCAGAGUGUGUGUCAGUAUAGCGAAUGCAGAGUGUGUGUUAGAGUGCAAUGAAUGCAGAGUGUGUGUUAGAGUGAAGUGUGUGUGUAGUGAAUGCAGAGUGUGUCUGGGGGGGGGAGGAGGAGGAAGGGGCAUUUUAACAGUAAUUUUCUAAUUUUCUAUUAAAUGUAAUUAAAUGUUAUCCCCCCCCCUCCCUGCUUCUUACCUGUGUCCAGGGAGAGGGAGACUCCAUUCCCUGGUGGUCCGGUGGCAUGGGGCCCCCCCAGCUCCCUGUUACCGCAGAGGGGGCCCAGCACACUGCCUCUACUUUUCUCUUCUCUCUUCUAAUAACUCUCGCAAGACCCGCGGCCUGUGUGCCGUGUGGAGCUCCUUGGCCCCCCAGGACCUCUGUAUGUACGCCAGUGGAUCGGGUGAUGAUCCUUAAACAUUUUUGUAAGAUUCAUUGCCAAGGCAGUCUACAUACCACCUGUGACUGUUGGAAAAAUUAAAAAAAUAUAUGUUUUUCUCAUUAUCUGUGGGGUGUAGUCAUGUCAGCAACUUUGUUCACACUGUUCUCUCAAUGACUGAGCAGAGUAUGCACUCUGAGAUUGUUAAUAACGGGUACUGAUCACAACUUCUAUUUUAUUUAUCCACCCAGUUUCAAAGCUGGACUAUUGUGGAGAAAUAAUUUAUAAAUAAAUAAAUUGGUUAUUGAGAUGUUUAUAUAGUCAAAUGUAACAUAAAUUGAUACUAAGGAGAUAAAACCAGCAUGAUGCAAUAAGGGAGCACCAAUGGCAAUGGAAUAAAACAAUUAAUUAAAUUAUUUUGCCAAUCUGUUUUGUAGUUUCUUUUUAUCAAUAUUAUUGUUUUAAUAAGCCAGGAGUAAAAAAAUAAAAAUAAUAAUAAAUGAACAGAGGACUUGCCAAUUAAAGGCCAAAAAAUGUGUCAUGUGUCAUGUUAGAAAUAUUGUAUUUGUCCUCCUGAAGACUGAUUACAUCUAUAUUAGCUUCUUUGCUGAUCCAUUUCUGUCUAGUAGAGGUUGUUGUCCCUUACUCUCUUGCACUGAACCAAGUUGUCUAUCACUCACAUUAUCAUUGCCUUUAUCCAGCAACAAACAUCAUCAGCAUCGUCUUCAUCACAAUCGAGUGGUUCAGACACCCAGCAGUUGAGUCAUACUGUUGAUAUAGAGGAGGAAGAGUGGAUUAGAAGAAGACCCCUUCCAGCCCCUCCUGGGAGUACCUCCAUGACCACUUCUUCACAACCCUCAGCUCCUGCUGAUCCAGUGUUAACUAGAGUGCUGUGGGUUUCAAAGUCAUCACCACCACCACUCCCACCUGUUCCACCACACCCACUGGUUCCACCAGUUCCACCUCGCAGAUCGAAUCUACAAGCAUCUGAUUUAAUCCGUUCCAACCAAGAGACUCAACGCUUUGCAAGUGGUGUUCAAGUAUCAAACAGAACCCAGUGGGCACAAUAGAAAUGUUCACUGCCGUCCUGUAAGGGACAACUACAAUUUGGGCAACAUAUAUCAUUAAAAUCUAUUUUGCUCUUUCACAUUCUGCUCUAAGUGCAUUGCUGUUGGUUAUUUAGCUAUUAAUAGCUAAUUUUCAUGAUUAAAUGGAAUUUAUACUUUUCAAUGUUAAUUUGUGUACCUGGCUACAUAUUCUAUUUGGUACUUGAGCAAUGAUAAAUCUUUUCAUUUUUAAAACAAAAAGUGGUGUUGUAGUGUGUCUGACCUUCUGUUCAUUAAAGGGGAAACUACUGUGCCAGAAAAAUAAAGUUGUUUUCCUAGCACUAUAGCUCCUUAUAGUGCCCCCCACUUCCAUCCACCAUGGUGCAGAAGUGGUUAAAAAUGGCGCUGGUUCAGGGUUCGCCUCAGCUCCUCCC